AUGCCCACCACGGGGGACACGGUGGUUUCGAAGGUGACUUCGGCGGCGACGUCAAACAUAACGUUGAAGGCACCCUCGACAGCAUCGUCGAGCGUUACGUCAAAGGUACCCUCGAAGGGCUCAUCCAAGGAGUCUGCACGGGUGUCGCCGUCGACGGUUGUGCCCAAGGCGUCUUCUGCGUCAGAGGAACCACCUGCGGAGCCGGAAGCAGUGUCAGCCAGCAACGCGGCCAUGGAGGCAUUGCGCAACCUGAAGACGUUGGCGAGAGGCGGCACCCCGGCCUCUUACGUGGACUCCGUCGGCGCUCGAGGCCACCACGUCAGAGCCGUGGUGGCGGCCUGCCUCUGUUCGUGCGCUGCCGGCACCACGCUGGGCUUCGCCUCGGCGGCCAUGCCUUCCAUCGAACACGAGCCCUGGUACCAUUUAGAGAAGGUGCCGCCCCAGAACAGAUGGGUCGUCGACGUUCUCUCGUUCGCUGCCGCCAUCGGGGCCAUGCUGUCGGGGUUACCGUUGUGGGUGCUGGGCAGCCGGAGGACGCUUCUUCUGUGCGUUCUGGUAGCGGCUGUCUCGUGGGUCGUGCUUGCCACGUCUUUCGAUACCGUCACGCUCCUGGCAGCCAGGGCUGCGUGUGGCCUGUGGUUGGGCGUCACCAACAUCGGCGUCAGCCUGUACGUGGCCGAGGUGGCGCCAACGGAAAAGAGGACCUUCUACGUGGGUCUCGCCGAGGUAGGCAUCGGUUGA